AAAUAGAAGGAAAGGAGAAGGAGGUUUUGUUGGUCGACUUUGCUAAGAUAAAGAGAGAGACUGACUCUUUUCUCCCUCCCCAGCCUUCUCUCUGCAAGAAACUUCUUCUCUUUCUCUCUCUAAAACCCAUUUUCAUUCUCUCUAGGAAAAAAAAAAUAGUUCCAAGCUUUACUCGAAAAGACUAUCCUUUUGCUUUACUGCAAUCAAGUUUCUCACGAAAAUGGCAAUCGAAGAUCAAGAGAAGACAAUCCGAGAAAUCAAGCCUAAAAACAGAAGAAUCAUGGGAGCUGGUGGACCAGAGGAGGAAGAUAACCGAUGGCCUCCAUGGCUGAAACCUCUGCUUAAAGAGCAAUUCUUUGUUCACUGCAAGUUUCAUGUAGACUCUCACAAGAGUGAAUGCAACAUGUAUUGCUUAGACUGCACCAACGAUCCGCUCUGCUCUCUCUGUCUUUCCCAUCACAAGGAUCAUCGUACCAUUCAGAUAAGGAGAUCUUCUUAUCAUGAUGUUAUAAGAGUGAAUGAGAUACAAAAGUAUCUUGACAUAUCAGGUAUCCAAACAUAUGUGAUCAAUAGUGCUAAAGUGGUUUUUUUGAACGAGAGGCCUCAGCCUAGGCCAGGGAAAGGCGUUACCAAUGCCUGCAAAGUUUGCUAUCGUAGCCUCGUUGAUGAUAGCUUCCGCUUCUGUUCUCUUGGCUGCAAGAUUGCUGGAUCAUCUAGAGGCUUUGAAAAGGGAAGGAGGAACCUUGCGAUGGAAUCAGAGGAUUCAGGUGGCGGCAUUGGGAUUGGGAGGAACAUAUCAAAUCUCCAGAGUUUCAGACCAUCAACACCUCCACUUACUACAUCUACUAGUUGCAGAAUCGCCAAGAGAAGAAAGGGAAUCCCUCACAGAUCUCCAAUGGGAUGAACACCGGUUAAAAAGAAGAAGCAAAAGAGUUCAAGCUAAUACAGAAGCUUUGGCCAUUUGCUAGUUUCUUGAUUUACAAGAUUACACACAAAGGUAUAGCUAAUAUAGAAGCUUUGUCUCUUGUCUUUUUCAUAUAAUGAAAGAAAUAGUAUUUUGCUUGUGUUAGCAAAAAGAAAAGGUCUGAAGUUAGGUUUUGUCAUACUAAUGGAAAGUCUGUGAAUAUGUAAUGUGCUUUGUAUAUUUAUAUGGAUGUGAUGCAAAAAGUGAAGAAAUGGCAAUAUAGAGAUUUUAAAGGGGUGAAAAUGGGAAUAAAACAAAGUUAAACUUGAUUUUCA